AGAGAGAGAGAGAAAAGAGAGCGAGGUGUAGAGAAACCGAGGGGGAGAGAACCCGAGUGUGUGUAUGCGUGUGCGUGUGUGAGCGCGAGCGAGCGAACGAGCGAGAGAGGGAGAGGAGCAAGAGUGCGAGCGAGAAAGAAUAAAAGGAAAGAAGAUUUUCUCUAUGUAUAUAAAGAUGGCCACGUUAGCAAACGGACAGGCUGACAACGCGAGCCUCAGUACCAACGGGCUCGGCAGCAGCCCGGGCACCGCCGGGCACAUGAACGGAUUAAGCCACAGCCCGGGGAACCCGUCGACCAUUCCCAUGAAGGACCACGAUGCCAUCAAGCUGUUCAUUGGGCAGAUCCCCCGCAACCUGGAUGAGAAGGACCUCAAGCCCCUCUUCGAGGAGUUCGGCAAGAUCUACGAGCUCACGGUCCUGAAGGACAGGUUCACAGGCAUGCACAAAGGCUGCGCUUUCCUCACCUACUGCGAGCGUGAGUCAGCGCUGAAGGCCCAGAGCGCGCUGCACGAGCAGAAGACCCUGCCCGGGAUGAACCGACCGAUCCAGGUGAAGCCAGCGGACAGCGAGAGCCGAGGAGGUAGUAGCUGCCUACGCCAGCCCCCUUCACAUAGAAAACUCUUCGUGGGCAUGCUCAACAAGCAGCAGUCCGAAGACGACGUGCGCCGCCUCUUCGAGGCCUUUGGGAACAUCGAGGAGUGCACCAUCCUUCGCGGACCCGACGGCAACAGCAAGGGGUGCGCUUUUGUGAAGUACUCCUCUCACGCCGAGGCGCAAGCGGCCAUCAACGCUCUGCAUGGCAGCCAGACAAUGCCGGGAGCUUCGUCCAGUCUGGUGGUCAAGUUCGCCGAUACCGACAAGGAGCGCACGAUGCGGCGAAUGCAGCAGAUGGCUGGCCAGAUGGGCAUGUUCAACCCCAUGGCCAUACCGUUCGGGGCUUAUGGCGCCUACGCUCAGGCACUGAUGCAGCAGCAAGCGGCCCUCAUGGCCUCAGUUGCGCAGGGAGGCUACCUGAACCCCAUGGCUGCUUUCGCCGCCGCUCAGAUGCAGCAGAUGGCAGCCCUCAACAUGAAUGGCCUGGCGGCCGCACCCAUGACCCCAACCUCAGGUGGCAGCACGCCUCCGGGCAUCACUGCACCAGCUGUGCCUAGCAUCCCGUCCCCCAUUGGGGUGAACGGCUUCACCGGCCUCCCCCCACAGGCCAAUGGACAGCCUGCUGCGGAAGCUGUGUUUGCCAAUGGCAUCCACCCCUACCCAGCACAGAGCCCCACCGCCCCGGACCCCCUGCAGCAGGCCUACGCGGGAGUGCAGCAGUAUGCAGCAGCCGCCUACCCUGCUGCCUAUGGUCAGAUAAGCCAGGCCUUUCCUCAGCCACCUCCAAUGAUCCCGCAGCAGCAGAGAGAAGGGCCCGAGGGCUGUAACCUGUUCAUCUACCAUCUGCCCCAGGAGUUUGGGGACGCUGAGCUGAUGCAGAUGUUCCUCCCUUUCGGCUUCGUGAGCUUCGACAACCCGGCCAGCGCGCAGACCGCCAUCCAGGCCAUGAACGGCUUCCAGAUCGGCAUGAAGAGGCUCAAAGUGCAGCUGAAGCGGCCCAAAGACGCCAAUCGCCCGUACUGAGCGCCGGCGGGAGCGUCCCCCGGGGGAGACCAGGACUCGCACAGGGCAGGAUGCUGAACGGGCUACAUUAAAAAACAAACCUCUCUCUAUAUAUAUUUAUAAAUGAGAACUGUUGGAUGACACCUUUGACAUAUCAGCCAAUAUCAAUCAAGCUGAAGACUCCAGACACUUUGCGUGACUGUAACAUUUCUUCAAGGAAAGUAUAGCGUCUAUGGAGUUCAGAGGGCACGUGUUUGGGGAAAAAUACAUAUGACUUGAAGAAGAUGAAGAUAACUGAGAAAAACAAACAACAACAACAACAAAAAACUACAAAAAAGGCAACUUUAAAAACAAAACAUGAAACCAGACGGGGAGGCUGAAGGGCUGGGAACUGGGAAGAGACGCUGCUUACCGAUCCCCGGGGCUUUUCCAGCCCAUGGGCGCCUUGAGGCAGGCUGGGGCUAGCGGUGUGGCGGGGCUUGGUCCCCAGGGUGCGGCUGGGAGGCCGCCACUGAGCAUCUCUGUCAUUCCUUUAGCUAUUUAGGGACCAAAGGACCAAACUUUUUAUUGCAGAUGUGUAGCUCUAUGUCAAAUAGAGGGGGAAUGGAGGAGGACCUCCUUCCUGCCUCCUGGCUGUUCUUGAAACAACAGCUCAGAGCGAUUCUAUGAAAAAUGUAAUAAAAAA